CGUUUGGAGAAAACGGGUGCUCAGCAGAACCACCCGUAUGCCAAAACGGGUGGUUCAGCAGGACUCACGGAAUCCUGGAAGGCAUUCGUCCCGGAUUUCAAGAAAGCCAAGCUUUCACGCAGCUUCGGGAUCGACGAAAAGAUCCUCAAACUGGACCACAAAUUCCUGCUGAUCAAAGUGGAGUUGCAAAGAUACUCGGGUGUUUUGGAUGGUGAGCUGCAAGUUUCCGAAGCCUUGCUCGAGAAGGUCCAACGCUGGCGUCCCGAAUCCCAAUACGACUGUCUCAACGGCGUCGGGAAAGUCGGCAGCCACGUCAUCCAGAACAUUAUCGUCGGCGACGUUAUAUUUCAAGUGAUUGCCUACGACGACUCCAACUUCGCCUACGUGCAAGAAGCCCUUGGCAGAGGGAACCGAACCCUGGUUCUCCCAUCUCUGGACCCACUCAAGCACCUGUUGACACCCAACUACGCCGCGGAUUUCGGUCGCGUGAUGCUCGUCAGCGGGGACCGAGCAACGCUCAGUCUCGUCCGGGAUCAACUGCGGGAAUACAACAUUCAAACCGGAGAGGCGCCUUCUUUGGCGAAACUGGCCACGAAUCCGAAGGCGGUCGCCGCCAUCAGUCGCAGCGUGGGACACGUCAUCAUCGGGGCCCAGUUCUCGGCGCUCAUCAAGUACGUGCCCAAGUCCCUGGGCACGGAAUUCUGCAAGCGGAUCCUCUUCAACGCGCUGCAACUGUACGAGGCCAAUAUCAUGUAAAAUAAUAAAAAUUCGAAUGGAUUUUUUACACCGGAGAAUCAUCAGUCAUUCGAAUAUGAUAAAUCGAAGCUCGAUCUUCUUUUUUUCCCUCGGAAAUCAAAAAUUAAAACAAAUUUUCAUACGAGACGCAUUUUCAUCACGUUCAGUUUCUUCAAAAUCAGACAAUCGAUGUGAAAUCUGGUGAUUUUUCUGCUCAUCAGUUUCAUAUCUUUUUUGUUACAUCUACAGAAAUUCAGGAUUCUCUCGAUGCCUUCUUCGAACUGAAAAUGGCCUUAUACCCCGAAGCAUCAGUCACUCGAAUAUCAUGUCAUGAAGGGUUAUCUUUUUUUCCUUCUCGGGAAUUGAAAAAAAAAAGUCAUACGAGACGCGUUUCCAUCACGUUUCAAUUCUCCGGAAACAGACGAUCGAUGAGAAAGUCUGUAGAUCGUUCUGCUCAUCAGCUUAAUCUUCUUUGAAACCUUCACAGAAAUUCAGCCUUUCUUGAACUGGAAAUAGACCUGCGGAAAAAUGUUGUUAGGUUGAACUUGAAACCUGCUGAUCAUUUUAGAUGCCAUGAUAUAGAGAAAGGCGUAACCCGAUUUUGUUUACCCAAUAGCUCUUUCCAGCAAAAGCGCAACCCGAUUUUGUUCACCCUAUACUGUAUUGUAGUUUAUCCGAGAAAAAAACUACAUACUGUUCUCUAGUACUGUACAGUAUGAAUACGGUAUUCGAUACUUUUCGGAAUCCGCCACUUGGUGAGGCUGAGGAAGAUUAUGGGCAUGCGUUUGAUGGAGUGUAUUUUGCGCGACAUUCAAUUUGUGAUUGAAUUGAUUGUUACCGGUUCAUCAGAUUUCCUAAAGAAGAAAUCUUUCAAGAUA